CUUUAUAUAUAUAUAUAUAAUCUCUCCUUCUAUUUUUACACACUCUCAUUCUCUUUCUCUCAUUUCUUACAAUGGAUAAUCCCACAUCGCCAUUUCCACCUUUAAACUUAGACAACCUACGAGCCACCAAAGUACUAGGCAAAGGUGCAAUGGGCACUGUUUUCUUAGUCCACAACACUAUAACCGACCCAUUAUCCCAAUCCCCUUUCGCCCUCAAAGUCAUCGACAAAUUCUCAAAACCCGAUUCCGACCGCCGUGCACGGUGGGAAACCACCGUACUCCACCGUCUCCACCACCCUUUCCUCCCUACUCUCCUCGGCUUCUCCGAAACCCCCGACAUGCUUUCCUACGCUGUCCCUUAUUGUUCCGGCGGUGACCUUAAUGUCCUCCGUUAUCAACAAAGCGACCAUGUUUUUUCACCUUCAGCUAUUCGCUUUUAUUUAGCUGAAAUUAUACUCGCUCUUGAAUAUCUUCAUACUUUAGGCAUUGUUUAUCGUGAUCUCAAACCCGAGAAUAUUCUUAUUCAACAAUCCGGUCACGUUACCUUAACGGAUUUCGAUCUUUGCAAAAGCUUAACUCUGAAGAAAAAUCUGAGUUCCUUAGAUUUCAAUUCAGAUCCUGAAAUAGAUAACAUUCCAGCACCAAUACAACCCAAAAAAUUCAAACAAUUAGCUAAAUUUGUACUUCCGAAGAAAACAUGCACAUAUUCUAGGUCCACGACCACGACCAAAAAUGGACUAAGGAAAGUGAAAAGUGCACGCGUUUCGCCCGUGAGUAGACGAAAUCCGAGUUCGUUUUACGAACGUUCGAAUUCGUUUGUUGGUACAGAGGAAUAUGUUGCACCAGAAAUUGUACGAGGUGAAGGGCAUGAAUUUGCAGUAGAUUGGUGGGCUUUAGGGGUAUUAUGUUACGAAAUGUUGUAUGGAACGACGCCGUUUAAAGGGAAAAAUAAGAAGGAAACGUUUAGUAGAAUAUUGAUGAUGGAGCCGGAGUUUAUUGGGAAGAGAAAUGCUCUAACGGAUUUGAUCGGUAAAUUGCUGGAGAAAGAUCCCACGCGCCGGCUGGGUUAUCGGAGAGGCGCGUUGGAGAUUAAGGAGCAUGAGUUUUUUCGUGGGCUGAAAUGGGAUUUGUUAACGGAAGUUGUACGGCCGCCGUUUUUACCGUCGAAAGAUGGGACGGAGUUGACGGAGGAAGUGAAGAGAGGUGGGUUUGAUGUAACGGAGUAUUUGCAGAAACUGAAGGCCCCGCCGUCGCCGUUAUGGUCGCCGUCACAUGAUGAAUGGAGAAAUAACGUUUCGUUAACGGAGUUCUAACGCACGUGUAAAGAAUAUGGGACCAGAUUGGUGUUUUACCAAAGUUAAUGUAGGUUAUUGUAAAUAAACGUUAACUUUUUAGUGCUAUAGAACAUCAUAAUUAGACUGAAAUGAUGUAAUUUAGCUGUCUAUUGUUAGAUUUAGAAGAGAUGUAUAUACGCGCUAGCGGUGGCGCGUCGAGGAUCUAUUGGAUUACAUGGGGUUGUAAACUAAUGAGGAAUAAAGAAUUAAAGAUGCUUGGAAUGAAGGCUAUGAUUUUUUAGGGUAAAUUUGUGAUUUUACCAAUUUGGACAAAAUCAUUGUUACCUUUUAUUUUGAAGAAAGGAAUUUUGCUUUUCUUGCC